AUGAGUGAAGCCGAUCGCUCCUUCCACAACGCCAUGAGACCAAGCUGGGGACCAGAUGGAACUCUGAUCUUUGCAACGACUCGCGAGCCUCUUGGUGCACCAUCCAGGCGCACCAAGACGGAUGAUCUCAUGUUGACGAGGAACGCUUCUGCAAAGGCUCUCAAGAAUCAGGUGAAGAUGACGCAAGUAGAGCUCACUGGGGGCGUACCCGGAACGACUCUACAUGCCGAUACCCUCAUGUCUCUUUUCCACGACCAAGACACCACCAGCCCUGCCAACGCACAUGAAAGGUUGGUUUGGGAGCUCGCCAGCAUUCUUUUCGACGGACCCGCCUCUGCCGAUGAAGAUCUGGGGAACGAAUCUCGAAAGAGUCGUUUGUCCAAGUUUUGGGCGGCGCUCGUUAAUUCUGCAUCAUCUCGAUCGGUUGCGCUUGCAAGGUCUAGCGAAGAGAAGGCCAUUGCAGCUUUGUCAGGGCACCGCAUCCAAGACGCGUGCAAGUACCUCUUGGAUGGGAACAACUUUCGCCUCGCAACCUUGGUCUCGCUGAUUGGCAGCAAUGAUCAGGCUAAAAAGGACAUGCGCGAACAAAUUAAUGAGUGGCAAGACGCCAACUUUCUUUCCGAGUUUGCCGACCCCCUACGCGCCAUUUAUGAAUUGCUGAGCGGCAAUUCAGGCGUGUGCGAGGGAAAGAAAGCAGUACCUCUCGAAGACCGCAUUGAGUCGUUCAUCAUCUCACAGCGUUUUGGCCUAGAUUGGAAGCAGGCCUUUGGGCUCAGGCUCUGGUAUUCUAUUUCACGCAAUGAUCACCUUUCGGCAGCCGUUCGUCUGUUCCGGGAAGACAUAACUCAAGACAGAGAACAGCGUCCUCAGACAUGGUAUCUUGAACAAGGCAUACCGGCACUCUGGAACGAUCGACAUUCAGAAGCUCGCGAGGACCUUCUGUGGGGUCUCCUGAAGCUGUAUUCAGAUGCCGAGACUGACUUGGAAGCUGUACUGCGACCGGAGAAUAGUCAGCUGUCGCCUCUAGACAUUCGGCUGUCUUGGCAGCUCAGUCGCGCCCUGCUAUCCACAAAUAAGGUAUCCUACGGCCACAACGCGUCUGAGAAGGCCGAUGCUUCGACCAUCGCUUUUGCCGACCAGCUCGUCAGCGAAGGAAGCUGGCUGGAAGCCACGUUUGUCUUGCUACAUCUCGGCAACCCAGACAUGCGAGCGAAGGCUGUGCAGGAGAAUCUUUGUCGGCAUGCGGCCCUACUGGGAUCCGAGACGGGGAACAAUUUCACAACUCUUACGCAGACACUCAAGAUACCGACUUCUUGGAUCUGGGAAGCUCAAGCCCUGUAUAUGAGAGCUGUCAAGAAAGACGCGGCAGCCGAAGUACAUUGUCUACUCCGAGCCGGUUCGUACCCCGAGGCACACAAUGUGCUCGUUCACCAGGUCGCGCCAUCGGCGGUUGUCAGCCGCGAUUACGACGAGCUGGCGGUUACUCUCUCCCGUUUCGAAGGCCACGACCAUGUCAUUCCUGGUUGGACCCUCGGAGGUGAGGUCUACAAGGCCUUUUUGGAGCUUGUGAGCCGCCGGAAGCAACGGCAGCAAAUUUCCAUACAGGUGCUCGAUAGGCUUCUGUCCGGCCUGCCAGCUCUGCGAGAGAGUGCCGAGAGUGGAAAUAUAACCAGUCUGGCAGCAAUCUCUGAGAUGGGUUCACUCGUGGCUAAGGUGACGGCGGAAGUACCGAGACAUGAUCAGGAUAAUGUCACUCGAGUAUUGAGCCUUCCCCUCACUGAAGACGCCCAUCUCAAGCAUGCGCUUAACAUGAGCCUUUCCUACUACCAAGGCUUAAUGGCGGGGGGCAGAUGA